AGAAGCAGCAUGGCGGCCUUGCCAGGCCCUGGUGCUGGUUCCGACGCCGGGGGUUUUGCAGCCUCGCGUUCCCGGCGGGAGAAGAGAUCGACGAGAGGGCGCCAGGAAGCCCUGGAGAGACUGAAGAAGGCCAAGGCUGGGGAGAAGUUCAAAUAUGAGGUGGAGGAGUUGACGAGCGUCUACGACGAGGUGGAUGAGGACCAGUAUUCCCGGAUGGUCCAGGCCCGCCAGGACGACGACUGGAUCGUGGAUGACGAUGGGAUUGGCUAUGUGGAGGACGGCCGGGAGAUCUUCGAUGAAGAGCUGGAGGAUGACGCCCUGGAUUCCAGAAAGGGGGAGGCUGUCCACAAGGAGAGAAAGAACGUGAAGAAGCCCGCCGUUUCAAAGCCCAACAAUAUCAAGUCCAUGUUCAUAGCCAGCGCGGGAAAGAAAGCAUCCGACAAAGCUGUAGACUUGUCCAAGGAUGAUUUGCUGGGUGACAUUCUCCAAGACCUCAAUGCAGAGACUCAUCGGCUCACCCAUCUGCCCGUCAUGGUGUUAAAGAAGAAAAGACCCGCUGGAGCAUCGCUAAAUCCGUUCUCGGUGCUCCCUCCCAAGGCUCCCCCUCCGGGGAAAAGUGCUCCCUCAGCCGCAAGAAGGGAAAUUCCUUCCAAGCCGGUUUUUUCUAACCCCCCUAAUUCCGCGGCCCCGGCCGAGGUCAGGCAAGACGGCGUCGACAGUGACCAGGCGCAGAGGCCCGCGGUCAGCGUCGUUCCCGAGGAGGUGAAACGAGAGGUCCCAACUGCAGGAGAGCAGGUGGCCCGGGAGGAGCCGGCCGAGGAGCAGAACGCGAUGGACUUCGACGUCGGGGACUUCGACGAACCGAUGGAAGCCGAGGAGACGGAGGCCGUGGCUCAGAAGCCCGAGACCCGAGAGGGAGAGGAAGGAGAAACGGGCAGAGAAACAGCCCCCGCCGGGCCGCACUUGGGCACUUUCCUGCCGGACGACUCGUGCUGGGACAGGAUGGAGCAGGACGACAGCCAGACGCCGGCGGCCGACAUCCAGGUGGACUGUACUCGCCUCCCCUUGGCCAAGGGGGCAGACGGCGACCAGGUCUUUCAGUUCUACUGGCUGGACGCCUACGAAGACCAGUACAACCAACCGGGUGUGGUGUUUCUGUUUGGCAAAGUCUGGAUCGAGGCAGCAAGCGCUCACGUGAGCUGUUGCGUGAUGGUGAAAAAUAUCGAGCGAACUAUCUAUCUCCUGCCCCGCCAAAAGCAACUGGAUCUCGCCACCGGAAAAGACACCGCAAAUUUGGUUACCAUGAGAGCUGUCUACGAAGAAUUUGACGAAAAGGUCGCGGCCAAAUAUAAGAUCAUGAAGUUCAAAUCCAGGAGAGUUGAGAAGAAUUACGCUUUCGAGAUUCCUGAUGUUCCAGCCAAGUCUGACUAUUUGGAAGUGAGAUAUUCGGCCGAGCUCCCUCAGCUGCCCCAGGACCUGAAGGGAGAGAUGUUUUCCCACGUGUUCGGGACAAAUACGUCCAGCCUGGAGCUCUUCUUGAUGAGCAGGAAGAUCAAAGGUCCCUGCUGGCUGGAAGUCAAAAAUCCCCAGCUCUUGAAUCAGCCGGUCAGUUGGUGCAAAGUGGAAGCCGUGGCGUUGAAACCGGACGUGCUGAGCGUCGUCAAAGACGCGGCCCCGCCUCCUCUGGUCGUCAUGUCGCUCAGCGUGAGGACGAUGCAGAACGCCAAGACCCACCAGAAUGAGGUUAUGGCCAUGGCUGGUUUGGUUCACCACAGCUUUUCUCUGGAUAAAGCCCCUCCUCAGCCUCCCUUUCAGUCUCAUUUCUGUGCUGUCUCCAAGCCGAACGAUUGUAUCUUCCCGUAUGAUUUUAAAGAAGUCAUCAAAAACAAGAAAGCGAAGAUCGAGAUCGCUGCCACCGAAAGGACGCUGCUGGGUUUCUUCCUGGCCAAGGUUCACAAAAUCGACCCGGAUGUCAUCGUGGGUCAUAACAUUUACGGAUUUGAUCUGGAGGUGCUGCUGCAGAGGAUUAACGUGUGCAAAGUCCCAUACUGGUCCAAGAUUGGGCGGCUGAAGAGAUCCACCAUGCCGAAGCUUGGGGGCCGAGGGGGUUUUGCGGAAAGGACGGCGGCCUGCGGCCGGAUGAUCUGCGACGUGGAGGUCUCCGCCAAGGAGCUGAUCCGCUGCAGGAGCUACCACCUGUCGGAGCUGGUCCGCCGGAUUCUCAAAACGGAGAGGGUGGCCAUCCCUCCCGAAAACCUGCGGAACCUCUACAGCGAUUCCCCUCACCUGCUGUACCUGUUGGAGAACACCUGGAAAGACGCCAAGUUCAUCCUGCAGAUCAUGUGCGAGCUGAACGUCCUUCCGCUAGCGCUGCAGAUUACCAACAUCGCGGGAAACGUAAUGUCAAGGACCAUGAUGGGAGGGCGCUCGGAACGCAACGAAUUCCUGCUGCUUCACGCCUUUUACGAGAACAACUACAUCGUGCCCGACAAACAGACCUUCCGAAAACCUCAGCAGCGACUGGGAGAGGAAGAGGACGAUGUUGAAGGCGAUCCCAGUAAGCCCAAAAAAGGACGUAAAAAAGCAGCCUAUGCCGGCGGCUUGGUGUUGGAUCCCAAAGUUGGCUUCUACGACAAGUUCAUUCUGCUUCUCGACUUCAACAGCCUGUACCCCUCCAUCAUCCAGGAGUUCAACAUCUGCUUCACCACGGUGCAGAGGGUGGCCGCCGAGGACGGAGACCAGGAAGAGGUUCCGGAGUUACCGGAUCCAGACCUCGAACUGGGCAUUUUACCCAGAGAGAUCAGGAAGCUGGUCGAGAGGAGGCGGCAUGUCAAGCAGCUGAUGAAGCAGCAGGAUUUGAACCCAGACCUCCUUUUACAGUACGACAUAAGGCAGAAGGCUCUGAAGCUCACCGCCAACAGUAUGUACGGCUGCCUGGGAUUUUCCUACAGCCGCUUUUAUGCCAAACCCCUGGCCGCUCUGGUGACCUACAAAGGAAGAGAGAUUUUGAUGCACACCAAGGAGAUGGUGCAGAAGAUGAAUCUGGAAGUGAUUUACGGGGACACCGAUUCCAUUAUGAUCAACACCAACAGCACCAACCUCGAAGAAGUUUUCAAAUUGGGAAAUAAGGUGAAGAGCGAAGUGAACCGACUUUAUAGACAGCUGGAGAUCGAUAUCGACGGAGUGUUCAAGUCCCUCCUCCUGCUGAAAAAGAAGAAAUACGCGGCCCUCGUGGUGGAGCCGGCCGCCGACGGCCAGUACAUCACCAAGCAGGAGCUGAAAGGCCUGGACAUCGUCCGCCGGGACUGGUGCGACCUCGCCAAGGACACCGGCAACUACGUGAUCGGUCAGAUUCUCUCCGACCAGACCCGAGACACGAUCGUGGAGAACAUCAGUAAGAGGCUGAUAGAAAUCGGGGAAAACGUGCAAAGCGGCCGCGUGUCCGUCAGCCAGUUUGAAAUCCACAAGGCGCUGACGAAGGACCCUCAGGAUUAUCCCGACAAAAAAAGCCUGCCACAUGUGCACGUCGCCAUCUGGAUAAACUCUCAGGGCGGUCAAAGGGUCAAAGCCGGGGAUACCAUCGCCUACGUCAUCUGUCAGGACGGAUCGAACCUGAGCGCCAGCCAGAGGGCCUACGCCCCGGAGCAGUUGCAGAAACAGGACAACCUGUCAGUGGACACCCAAUAUUACCUGGCCCAGCAGGUUCUCCCGGUCGUGGCUCGCAUCUGCGACCCCAUCGACGGAAUCGACGCGGCCCUCAUCGCCUCUUGGCUGGGCCUGGACCCCUCCCAGUUCAGAGUCCACCAACAUUACCAUAAAGACGAGGAGGAUGAUGCUUUGGUCGGCGGGCCGGCUCAGCUUACGGACGAAGAGAAAUAUAAGGACUGUGACCGAUUCAAAUUUUCCUGUCCUAAUUGCGGAACCGAGAAUAUCUACGACGGGGUCUUCGACGGUUCGGGAUUUCACAUGCAGCCCAGCUUGGAGCGUUGCAGUAAUCUAGGCUGCGAUGUUUCCACCCUGACCUUUACGACUCGGUUGAUCAACAAAUUAAUCCUGGACAUGAGACGUCACAUCCAAAAAUACUACAGCGGCUGGUUGGUCUGCGAGGAGCCGACGUGUCAGCACCGAACUCGCCGCCUCCCCGUCCGCUUCUCGCGGAGCGGCCCCCUCUGCCCGGCCUGCAAGAAGGCCACCCUGAAGCCAGAGUUUUCCGACAAGGCCCUGUAUACCCAACUGUGCUUUUACCGGUACAUUUUUGACGUGGACUAUGCCCAGGAGAAACUUACUACCGAGCAGGAGAAAGAGAGAUUUCUGAAGCUCCCCAAGGAGGUGGGCGCGGAAUACCGGAGGAUCAAGAGCGCCGUGGACAAGUUCCUGAGCCGGAGCGGCUACUCGGAAGUGAACCUGGGGAAGCUGUUCGCCGACUGCGCGCUGAAGCCCCCGAAUGAGGCCUAGUCCGGGCCGUGGCCGCCAGGCCCCGGCUUCGGGCGCUGCUCCCGGGACCCGUCCCACCGAGGGGACGGACGGACUGUUUAUUUUUAUCAUCGAAGAUGGUUCUAGAGAAAGACACCCCCACCACCCGCCCCCGGCGUCGUCCUAACCCGGCCUGCUGCCCCCCACGCGGGGCAGGAGUCGUGGCUGGUGAGGGAGGUGCGCUGAUGGAAGAAUCCCCCUCCACCCCGGGGUGGGCUAGCGGGCCGACCCCCUGCCCCGGGGCAAUUAGCCGGGGCGUCUGCCCGGGGCGGGGGGACAUCCUAGCCGAGGUUGGCCAGGGGCUGCCAGCAUUGGGCCUCCUCAUGCCCAGCAUCCCCCGCGCCGAUCGAACGCAACCCCCGUCCCCACGGCGCCACGGCCUCGCCCAACGCUCACGAGAUGGUGGCCCACCGAGGCCUUUCCCGCGGCCACGGCGGCCCGGGGCCCUCCUUCUGUUUCUUUCUGCCGGAGCCCUCUUUGCUCCUGGGAAAUGGGGCCACCGGUCAGGUAAAACCCUAAACGGGGCGGCGGGGGACCGGGGCGCGCGCCAUGGGGCCUCACCGCCUCGCCGG